GAGAAUGAAAAAGCUGAAGAAUAGCUCCAUUUUUAAUUUUCAAUUUUCCCUCUUUCUAGUUUCGACUUCACUCCACUCCGGCUGAGUGCGGGAGUUAGCAACCGUCUGCCGCCGGCGGUGGUGCGUCCUAAUGGCGGUGCAGUCGUCGACCUCCGUAAUGGAUUCUUUGUUGGAGAAGCUCAGGCUCGAAGACCCAUGGGUCCCACCCAGAUCGUGGGACUCCCUUCCUUCUCAAGCCGGCGCGUCAUCUCAGCCUUCUUCUAACUCGAGCCCUGCUCUAUAUACUACUUCAACUGUCUCUGAGCCCAGUUUGGUAAGAUUGGCAAUGAAUGCUCUUCAAGGUGUGGAAUCAGCUUUGAUAUCUAUUGAAAAGCUCUCAGCAUUACUUCAUUACAGUUCAGCAGACAGAACAUCUAAUCGAAUUCCUAGUUUAUGGACCCGUUGUUCAAGUACUGCUGCUGUAGGAAAUCUUCUUACUUCUAUUGGCCAGUUUGGCUGCAUAAUUUUCCUUCUCCGAAGAUUUGUCAAUUACUUCACAACUCCAGAUAUUGGUGGAGUGGGAGAACUUGAUGAAAACCCAAAAAGUGAUUCCUGUGAAGAAGGAAAAUACCCCCUGCACAAUCUCACUCUGAUCAAUCAGGCAUUUGCGAUUUCUGUGGGAAAGAUAAUAGAUGGUUAUAUAUCUGCGCUUAAUACCUUACCUGCAUCUGUUAGUUUAAGGCGUUUCUCGAAGACUAAUGAUGGAGGCUGUCUUACUAGCAUUGGGCAUUCAGAGAUUACACUCUUGGAGGUUUACCUUCACACAACGGGAUUGAGGACUCAAAUUGAAGCCCUUGGAAAUCUUUGCAAUGUUAAUCAUUUAACUGUUGGCUUUCCUGUGUCAUCUUUGGAAUACUUGAAGACUAGAGCAGACUCAGAGUUCAGUGCCUUCCCAAAAAGUGGUGCUUUACUCUCAUUUCUAUAUGCUCAGCUGAAGGUUGCUGAUCCAGACCAUUCUGCCCUCCUCAAGUUCCUCUUUGUCCAGACCUAUGAACCGUAUAGUGAUUUUAUUAGGUCGUGGAUUUUUGAUGGCUCAAUUAGUGACCCUUACCACGAAUUUAUUGUGGAAUGCGUUGACGAGCUUUCGAUUUAUGCAUCGGGUGAAAGUGGAGUUGCGCCGGCUUCACCUUUGCCCACCAUUAGGGUACGAGAUGGAGCUGCCGUACCCUGUUUCCUUGAAGAGUGCCUGGUUCCACUUUGUAGAACUGGUCAGCAGCUUCAAGUGAUAAUGAAGUUGCUUGAGCUGUCUAUUAGUGUUGGUGCAUGUGAUACUCUUGAAGAGAUCCUUCCCUGCUUGGUUGGUUUGUCAAAUGAACAUUUAUGGUUUGCAUUUCCACUCACGUUUGACAAGGGAACUAUCGAGACACUAGUGCUUAUGAGAGCCAGUUAUUACCAACAAAUGCUGGAAAAAAUUGAAAGCAUUUUACUGAAAUUUGAUUUUACUUAUCGACAGUCUACUUCUCAAAGUGCUUCACUAAGACUUAUGAAUAAUUUUGGGAAGAAUCCCAACCACCAAGCAUCUUCUGUUGAUGACGAAAGCAUGAAUCCACCUCUAACCGAUAGCAAAAAUCAAAAGAUCAGGCCUGAAUGUAUGGUGGAUACUGAGGCAUCUAGCAUUACGGAUGAGUAUUCUUAUGCUGAAGAUCUCUUGGAAUCAUCUGAAUGCUCAUCUUCUGAGAGUUCUGAGGAUCAAAAUGAAGCUGAUAAACUGAUUUUUGCAUCUCGUAAUGUGGAGCCAAGUUAUUUAUCUGCUUUGGAUUUCUCCUCGAAUUUGUCCAAUGACAACACAAUGCAAAAUCUGUACCCAAGUGAGAUUUCAUACCCUGUGGAAUAUCUUCCAUACAAAAUAAACUGUAAAUCUGGUUGUGCUGCAUAUGAUUCACACAAGGAAAAUUAUCCUGUUAGUAGUGAGCAAAAACUCUCACAAACACCUCAAACCCCAGUUACAAGUAACGAGCAAGAUUUAUGUCUAUUUGAUGGUCACCUUAUUGCUAGGGGGACACGUAGUACAUGGUUGCAUUCCCCUGAUCAUGAAUUGGAGCUGAACAUGGGAACUUGUGGAUUGCUGAACACUGACUUAGAUGUGUAUGAACAUGCUUCCAAGGUCAAUACAAGCAAUAAGAAUCAACUUCUGCUUGAAAACAGUUUGGAAAAGCUGAAAUAUGAUUCUACAUUUUUCAGCAUGAAUCCAACACUGAACAGAGGUUCUUUUUUUAAUGCAAGGACUGUGCUCAGUAAAAGAGGCCCUCCAAAUUAUAAGUAUUCCUACUCUGACUUUACUUCUGUUAAAGAUCCUUUGAAGGCAUUUGCAGUCAAAGUGGCGGGCGAUCAUGGACAUAAAGUUCGGCCUGAACUUUCAGUUAUAACUGAAACUCCUGCUGCUGGUAUUGAUACUAGCAAUCAUCUUGAUAUUGAAGAUUACGGUGAUAGUACCAUAGAGAAUAAUGCCAAAUUGUGUCCUGUUAGUCCCCCGCCGAAUAAGAUGACAAGCAGUAAGGAACAUUUACUGCUGCCAAAUAUUUCUGGUGGCAGUACUUGGGAGAGCAUGCUUGCUAGAUCUGAAAAUGUCAACAGUUCCAUAAGAGAUCACAGGACUAAAUUGAUGGCUGGAGCUGAUAUGCCGCUGGAUUUUGUGAUCAAGAAAUGUGUGUUAGAUGAGAUUUUGCUUCAAUACAAAUAUCUAAGCAAGUUGACCAUCAAGUUGCUCAUAGAAGGAUACAAGUUGCAAGAACAUUUGCGGGCGUUGCGAUGCUAUCAUUUCAUGGAACUAGCAGACUGGGCUGAUCUGUUUAUCAUGUCUCUUUGGCCUCGUAAAUGGCAUGUCAAUGAAGUCGAUAAGAGGAUCCCAGAGAUUCAGGGGGUUCUGGAGCUGGCAGUCCAAAGGUCUUCAUGUGAAGGAGACCCUAAUAAGGACAGGCUAUAUGUGUACCUGAAAGGAGAAGGCGUCACACAUCUAUCAGCUUCUGCCAUGGGAAUCCACUCCUUUGAUUUCUUAGGUUUGGGUUAUCGAAUUGAUUGGCCAGUCAGUAUAAUUCUGACUCCUGCUGCAUUGAAAAUAUACUCUGAGAUAUUUAGCUUUUUGAUACAAGUGAAGCUUGCUGUUUUCUCACUGAGUGACGUAUGGUGCUCACUGAAGUGUUAUCGUUUGGAGCAACACAAAGGAGAGGUCCACCAAAUUUCAAUCUUAACUGAAACAAGGCACAAGAUUAACCAUUUUGUGUCUACGUUACAGCAAUAUGUACAAUCACAAUUAUCCCAAGUAUCCUGGUAUAGGUUUCUGCACUCUCUUGAGCGCAAGGUCCAAGAUAUGUUGGAUCUCGAGUCGGUGCAUAUGGCAUAUUUGACCGAGUCGCUGCACAUAUGUUUUUUAUCCAAUGAAACACGACCUAUUGCUGGCAUUAUCCAGAACAUCUUGCAGUGUGCAAUGGAUUUUCGAUCUUGUUUGACUGGAAGCAUUCUGGGGGCUGUAUCUAGUGAUGAAACCUUGACCAGUAUAUUUUCUCAAAUUGACAUUUCACAGGUUCACACCAUAAGAAGAGCAUUCACCAAGAACCUCAAGGAGUUAUACUUAAUUUACCUCCAAUCACCUAAACACGGUGAAUUCGGACUGUCGCGUUUCUGGGAUUACCUUAACUACAAUGAUUAUUAUGCAACGGUUAUGAGUAGACAAAUGGGGCACUGUAUCUUCUAUUCAUAGAGCUGCUGGCCAUUUGACCGUGACGAUAAGUGUUGCUACCUAGAUGAUUCUGCUGCAUUGAGGUGGCCAUUUAAUGCAAGAUUUGGUGUCCUUCACCGCUACUACCAACAAAAUCAUAUUCUAAUUGCUUAUUCUUAUCUCCACGCCACCUCAAUUUGUCAUAUUGUACGGCUGCUGCCUAAUUACCCAUAUUACAUAACAUGUACAUAUCUUACAUUUAUUAUUUUCCAGGAAGGAUGUUGGUAGAGAAGAUCAUGAUAUAGUGAUUUACAUAUUAAUAAAGACUAAAUGUAGAUAGAGAUGUGAGAGGCAUGUGGUCGGUGAGUGAUAUUAUAUAUAUAUCCUCUUGAUCUAUUCUAGUCCAACUUUUGUAUUUUUUAACUUCUAAUCUUUUGGGUAGUUCUGUAUGUAUCACAUCAGCCUUUAAGCAUCGUUACCCUUCUAUUUUUGGAAUUCUAUUGUAUCAGUGGUAUGGGAUGUAUUAUUUCGUACGUAAAUUCUAUGCUACGCCAUUGCUCUGUGCAUUGCGUUUGAAAGAUAAGUAUGCGGCAAUCAUCUAACUGUUGAAUGUAGUAGAUGUGGGAUUUAAAAGACCUAAUUUGGGAUGGGAAAGUUGCAUGAAGGGCCCCUUG